UGUGAACGAAAGAGCCCGACAAAGCUACAGUUCAACAUGACUGUCGCUGUGAGCUCUCUCAAGUUUUUAAUAUGGGCAGUGGCCGUUCUAGUUUUAGUAAGCGGCAAAAGGCAGAAAAGAGAGUACAGUGUUCUAUCAUGGAAUGACUGCGGUGGCCCUGACAAAGUUCUCCACAUAGAGUCUUUGUCCAUCUCGCCAAUGCCUGUUAUACUUCCGGGUGUCAUGCGCAUUACGUCUAGCGCCCACUCUUCAGCUACGAUCAGUGCGGCGAGUCUAGAGUUGACAAUUAAACGGAGUACCUUCCUUGGUUAUAUCACGGUGCCCUGCAUCUCUAACGUCGGAUCAUGCACGUAUGAUGACAUGUGCACAUUAGUGGACACCAUGGAACGAGAGAACUGGGCAGGUAUCUCAAGACAAGUAUCCAACCAGAUUCGAGGAUUCCUCCAGAGCGCGGGUAUCAGCAGCACGUGCCCCGUACCUCCCAGUGAAAUCAAUGUCACAGAGUACCCCUUUCAAAUGCCUGAACUUCCCAGCAUACUAAACUUUUUAGCAGAUGGCAACUACAGAGUGAAUUUCAGGAUUAGGGAUAGGUCAUCCCAUCGAGUACUCGGCUGUUUCAACGUCAACAUGUCACUCAAAAAGGAAGAGACUAGGGGGUGGUUCUUCUUUAGGAGGCGAUGAUCUUCUCCACUGGCUGAAAAAGGCUGGUUGAACAAGACUGGUUGAGCGAAGGACAUAGAAACUCGGAAAUGGCCUCUCGUGCAUUAUUGCUCAGAACGGGUUAAAAACAUGAUGAAAUCUAUGCUGCUAAAUUAAAAAAGAGAAUAAAGAGGUUUUAAAGUGAUGAAAAAUGUACACAAUCAAAAAGGCAGAGAAAUUUGUUUAAACGGUUCAGUGACGCAGUUUAUGGGGGUUGCGUCGACGUUGAGCCUUCUUUUAUAAGUUUGUUAGUCUCGAAAGAUUUCGUCUUACUCGCGUUACCUGCCUUCUCCGUGAACAAUCUUGUAACACAAUCAUGAAUAAGCUUCAAGUACAUCACCAACAUUCGGCAAUUUAGAUAAUGGCAUAAUAAGUGAAUUCUGACUGCUUUAUUGUUUCCACAGAUGGCCUUGUCUACAAACUGGAGAGCAGGGAAAUAUCUGGGUGCUUAGCACGCGACAGAGAGCAAAUUAGGGUUCAAAAACACCACGUGCAUGUUGCUGUUGUUGUGUUUAGAACUUUUUCACUAUCUUGUUACAGGACUGUCAGCUGUGCACCAUGCAUGCUGGUUACGCGAGACUAUACAGGACUAUUGAUCAAUGAGCUACGUGUGCAUAAAUGCAAAUACCAGAUUGAUCUCCCAUUUUACUUCAGAUCACUGAUCAGUUGUUGUGUCACAUACAAGCUCUCAUUUUCCCAAAU